UACAUCUGAAUCAUCUGAUUCUGGUUCAGAGUCCAGUUCAUCCAGUUCUGAUUCAAAUAAUAAACUCGACCUAGCUUUGAAGGCUGUUAUAGAUUCAUGGAAAGAGUCGAAGAGUUUAAAAGGAUGUUUAUUAAAGCAAUUCAAAAUAAAUGUCCUUUCGAUCCAGCAUGAUAGUUCAGAGCAGUGA